AUGUUCCUGACUAGUGCGCAGCUGGAGAUCCACAUGAGGAUUCACACCAACGAAAAGCCGUAUCACUGCAGCGAGUGUGGCAAGGGAUUCAGCACCAAAGGCCCGUUGACCGUUCACAAGCGGGUCCACAGCGGGGAGACGCCCUACCACUGCCCAGACUGCGGCUGGUCCUUCAAACGCAAGACCAACCUAGACAACCACUUAGUGCUUCACUCGGGUAUCAAGCCAUUUGUGUGCGGUAUUUGUGGGAAAGCUUGCGCACGAAAAGAAUACUUGACUGUUCACAUGAGGACCCACAAUGGAGAGAGACCAUACAAGUGUGCCCUCUGUGACAAAGCUUUUACUCAGAGUCAUUGUCUAAAAACACACAUGAAGAGCCACCAGGCGCCAGGAUCUGCAACGUAA